UCCCCGCCGAACUAGGCACGCCGGGAAGGGAUCGGCACAGAGGCGGCACACACGUCCCAUACACCGGGCCGUUUAGGGCACCGAGGAGGGGCGAUCGAGGCGGGCAGGCGGCAUCCUCCGUGGCCGGGAGGUGAUCUGCAGGCGGGAGGGAGGGGGGACAGAGCAGAUCCUGCCCCCGGAGGAAGAGGAGGGGGCACAAGAGGCGCCUCUACCGCACGGAGAGGAAGAAGAAGAAGCGGCGGCCAGCGGCACUGCUGGGACAGGCGAUCAGGACUUUCUGCCGGUCCUACAACUCCUACUUCCUGUUACCGGCUACCCUCGGGGGUCAGGACCCGAGAUCCGGGGGGUCCCCCCUUCCCUACAUCGGAUCCAGUAAAACUUUCCUCCUCCCUGGACCCCCAGCGGUGUGAUCAUGGAGCCCUCGCUGGGCACACGCUGAGAGAGCCUCCCCCCAGCCCAUGGAAGAGGUCCUCUCUGCAUGGACUUCUCCUAUAGCCUUUGCUGGACUGAGCAGGACUGAGGCUGCCUUUCUUGGUGCAGGCUGAUGUCCCCAUGUCAGGGUGAAGGUGGCUUCUCUUCAUCCAGGUGGGACUUUCCAUAGAACCUCCAUUGUAUAGAAUCUAGACUACACCAGCAGCCAACAUGUCAGGCUCCCCAGGAGGGUGGAUGACCAGCAGGCAGGAGAAGCUGGAGACCAUACUGAGGAACCCUCGCUCGCCCAUCAAUGUGGAGAGCCUGUUGGAUGGACUCAAUUCUCUGGUCCUUGAUCUCGACUACCCUGCACUACGAAAAAACAAAAAUAUCGACAACUUCCUCAAUAGAUAUGAAAAGGUUGUGAGUGAUGUUCGGAAGCUGCAGAUGAAAGCAGAAGAUUACGAUGUAGUGAAAGUCAUUGGCCGAGGCGCCUUUGGUGAAGUCCAGCUGGUCCGGCACAAAACUACACAGAAAGUAUAUGCAAUGAAACUUCUUAGUAAAUUUGAAAUGAUCAAGAGAUCGGACUCUGCUUUUUUUUGGGAAGAAAGAGAUAUCAUGGCCUUUGCAGAUAGUCCUUGGGUUGUUCAGCUGUUCUGUGCCUUUCAAGAUGACAAGUUCCUUUACAUGGUGAUGGAGUACAUGCCGGGUGGUGAUCUUGUGAACCUUAUGAGUAACUACGAUGUGCCUGAGAAGUGGGCCAAAUUCUACACUGCCGAAGUGGUCCUUGCCCUAGAUGCCAUUCACUCCAUGGGUUUGAUCCACCGAGACGUCAAACCAGACAACAUGCUGCUGGAUAAACAUGGACACGUGAAGCUAGCUGACUUUGGCACCUGUAUGAAGAUGGAUGAUACAGGUAUGGUGCGCUGUGACACAGCAGUUGGAACUCCAGACUACAUAUCACCUGAAGUGCUGAAGUCUCAAGGAGGAGACGGCUACUAUGGACGGGAGUGUGACUGGUGGUCUGUGGGAGUCUUCUUGUUCGAGAUAUUGGUUGGGGAUACUCCGUUCUAUGCCGACUCUUUGGUUGGAACUUACAGCAAGAUCAUGGAUCACAAGAACUCAUUAAAUUUCCCAGAUGAUGUGGAAAUUUCCAAGCAUGCCAAAAACCUCAUCUAUGCCUUCCUGACAGACAGAGAGGUGCGUCUCGGGAGGAAUGGCAUAGAGGAGAUAAAACAGCACGCCUUCUUCAAGAAUGACCAGUGGACCUGGGACAACAUUCGAGAGACGGCUGCCCCUGUGGUCCCCGAGUUGAGUAGUGACAUCGACUCCAGUAAUUUUGAUGAGAUUGAAGAUGAUAAAGGGGAUGUGGAGACCUUCCCAGUCCCUAAAGCCUAUGCUGGGAACCAGCUGCCUUUUAUUGGCUUCACCUAUUACCGUGAAAACCUAUUGCUGAAGGACCCUUCCCAAUUCAAGGAAGAGAAGAAUGCCCCUUUACAGCCUACAAAAGAGGAAUCUGCACAGUUCCAGAAAAACAUCCAGCAGCUAAAGGAUAAGCUCCAAAAUGAGGUGCAAUCCAAAGAGGAGCUUGAGCACAAGUACAGGUCCAUAAAUUCUCGACUGGAGAAGACAUUGAAGGAACUGGAGGAAGAGGCAAAUUCUCGGAAGAACUUGGAGUCAGCUAGUCGGCAGCUGGAGAGAGAGAAAGCUCUUCUGCAGCACAAGAGUGCAGAGUACCAAAGAAAAAUUGAAAAUGAGGCAGAGAAGAAACGCAGCCUAGAAAAUGAAGUCAAUAGCCUUAAGGAUCAACUUGAAGACCUGAAAAAAAGGAACCAAAAUUCACAAAUCUCCAAUGAGAAAAUAAAUCAGCUCCAAAGACAGCUGGAUGAGGCCAAUGCUCUCUUGCGGACAGAGUCUGAUACAGCCGCCCGUUUACGAAAAACGCAAAAUGAAAUGUCCAAACAGAUUCAGCAGCUGGAAACAAAUAAUCGGGAACUUCAGGAUAAGACAUGCAUGUUGGAGAAUGCGAAACUCAAGCUAGAGAAAGAUUACAUCAACCUGCAGUCUGCUCUGGAGUCUGAAAAGAGAGAUAAAACACAAGGCUCAGAGAUCAUCAGUGACCUUCAGGUUCGGAUAUCUGUUCUGGAGGAGGACGUGAAGAAAGGGAAGGAUUUCCAGGCUCGGACAGAGUCAGAGAAGAGACAGCUACAUGAGCGAUAUGGGGCCCUGGAGAAGGAAAAGAACAACCUGGAGAUUGACAUGACAUACAAGCUGAAAGCUCUGCAGCAAUGUGUGGAGAAGGAGGAAGCCGAACACAAAGCCACCAAGGCACGACUGGCUGACAAGAGCAAAAUCUACCAGUCUAUUGAGGAGACAAAAUCGGAAGCCAUGAAAGACAUGGAAAGGAAGCUGCAAGAGGAGCGCCUGUCCAAACAGAAGCUGGAGAACAACCUGCUGGAGGCAGAGAAGCAGUGCUCCAUGCUGGACUGUGAUCUAAAACAAGCCAAACAAAAGAUCAAUGAGCUGGAGUCCCACAAGGACAAACUCGCUGAGGAUGUUAAAAACCUAACAUUAAAAACCGAGCAGGAGACGCAGAAGAGGAGCUUGACUCAGAACGACUUGAAGAUGCAGCUGCAGCAGGUGAACAGCCUAAAGAUGUCUGAGAAACAGCUUAAGCAAGAGAUCAACCACCUGACGGAGAUCAGAGCGAGCCUUGAAAAACAGAACUCUGAGCUGCGCAAAGAGCGUCAAGAUGCAGACGGCCAAAUGAAGGAACUCCAAGACCAGCUAGAGGCAGAGCAAUAUUUCUCUACCCUGUACAAGACGCAGGUGCGGGAAUUAAAGGAGGAGUGUGAGGAGAAGGUUAAGCUGUGUAAGGACAUGCAGCAGAAGGUGCAGGAGCUCCAGGAUGAAAGAGAUUCACUGGCCGCUCAGCUGGAGAUCACUCUGACCAAGGCGGACUCUGAGCAGUUGGCACGCUCCAUUGCUGAGGAGCAAUACUCUGACCUGGAGAAGGAGAAGAUCAUGAAAGAGCUGGAGAUCAAAGAAAUGAUGGCUCGUCACAAACAGGAGCUCGCUGAGAAAUAUGCUACUAUAAGCUCUCUUGAAGAUGCUAACAAGACACUAACUACUGAUGUGGCCAACCUGGCUAAUGAGAAGGAGGAGCUGAACAACAAACUGAAGGAUUCCCAAGAACAGAUUCUAAAUCUGAGAGAGGAAGAAAGCGGCGUUCUGAUCAUUAAAUCACAAUAUGAGAAGCAACUGCUGACUGAGAGGACUCUAAAGACUCAGGCUGUGAACAAACUGGCUGAGAUCAUGAACAGGAAAAUUCCUACCAAAGGUGGAGCGGACACAGAUGUUCGUAGAAAGGAGAAGGAGAAUAGGAAGCUGCAGCUGGAUUUGAAAUCGGAAAGGGAAAAACUCAGUCGCCUUGUUGUCAAGUAUCAGAAAGAGAUGAAUGAGAUGCAGGCGCAAAUAGCAGAUGAGAGCCAAGUUCGCAUUGAGCUACAGAUGGCGAUGGACAGCAAAGACAGCGACAUUGAGCAGCUCCGGUCACAGCUGCAGUCAAUCCACAUUGGAAUGGACAGCACAAGUAUUGGCAGCGGGCAUGGUGAUGCCGAUAAUGAUGAUGGCUUCCCAGUGCACAUCACUCAGUCCCAUACUACGGAGUCCAUGUCAUUCUCCUACCAACGUUCCUCUACCUCUGUCCGCAUUGGCACUAGGCCUUCCCGUUCCCGCUUGCUUCUCAACUCUGAUUCUGAUUGGGACUCAGAGGAGGAGCCCAUACCUUGUGCACAAGCCCCUUCAGAUCCUGAUAGCGAUGACAAUGAAGAAUCCAGAUUGGAAGGAUGGUUGUCACUUCCUGUGCGCAACACUAAGAAGUUUGGAUGGAUUAAAAAGUAUGUGGUUGUUAGCAGCAAGAAGAUCCUGUUUUAUGACAGUGAGCAAGACAAGGAGCUUUCUAACCCGUACAUGGUAUUAGAUAUAGACAAGUUAUUCCAUGUACGGCAGGUGACGCAGACAGAUGUGUAUCGAGCAGACGCCAAGGAGAUACCUAGGAUAUUCCAGAUUUUAUAUGACAAUGAAGGAGAAAGUAAGAAGGAGCAGGAAUUUCCAGUGGAUCCUUUGGAGAAGUCGAACUACAUUUGUCACAAGGGUCACGAGUUUAUCCCCACCCUCUACCACUUCCCGACCACUUGCGAUGCCUGUAUGAAGCCCCUAUGGCACAUGUUCAAACCCCCUGCUGCCUUAGAAUGCCGACGCUGCCAUAUCAAAUGCCACAAGGACCACAUGGAUAAGAAGGAAGACAUGAUAGCACCUUGCAAAGUAAACUACGACAUUUCCACGGCGAAGAAUCUACUGUUACUAGCAAACUCCACAGAAGAGCAGCAGAAGUGGGUGAGUCGGUUGGUGAAGAAAAUCCCUAAGAAGCCUCCAGCACCCGACCCUUUUGCCCGCUCCUCUCCAAGAACUUCCAUGAAGGUACAGGCAAACCCGUCAAUCAGGCGGCCUAGUCGACAACUUCCUCCAAACAAACCCAGACUACUUGACCUGGCUUUUAAGGACUGGGACUGGUCCCUGGAUGACGUAGAGGAUGAUGGGGAUGAUGUUUUUGAUUUCUGAAGCGGUAAACUGGCUAACUGCCUUCUGUGAAUGCAGUACCCAUUUCAAAAUGAUGAUUUCUUCCAGCGAAAAGAAAAAAAAAGACUGAAUACAACAAUGUCCUGUAAUGUCAAAAAAAAAAAUUUAAAUAUAUAUAUUUUUCCUGAAAGACUGUGCUAUAUAUAUCAGAGGUUUACAAAAUUGUUGCUGCAAUAUAUAAAGAAAGAGAGGAGAAAAAAAACGUAACUAGUAUAUUUGCCUGUUGAGUGGCUUUGCUCAGGGUGGUCAGAGGUAACUGGGAAAAAACGCAAACAGACCCUGGAUUGUUGCCCUUGGCUCAGCGUCAGAGCUCUCAGGUAACGCCCCCUUCGAUUCCUCCAAGCGAAAAAUGUGACAACUUUUAUGAAAAGUUUUUUCAGCACUGAACCAUCUACAAUCGCCCGAGGAUGACCGACCGAGCUGGUUGCCUGAUCCAGAAAGGUUCUUCCUCAGAAUUUCACACUACAUCCGGACUACAAACAGAGGCCAUUUUCUUAACUGACGGGCCCCUAUACAAUGCUGUGUGUAGCUCAGAUGCAGCCAAUCAGCGAGCUCCAUAAUAAAAGACCUUUAUACCGUGUAUAUAUUUAUAUUGUACUGUACUGCAGAACCGGCUAUGUGAGCACGCCACCGUUUAUUUUUGUACUCCUCAACCAAUACCUGCAGUUGCAUCUAUGCACAUGUACAAAGCCAUAAUGUUUUUACCCUUUGUCCCUAUUUCGAGGGAUUCAAUGAAAAAUAAACUGCAUGCAAGCGCUGAGCAGAUUCAGUCUUGAAGCCUUUGUAACUGCAAUUUAUAUGUUCCAAAUUAUAAAAGAAAAAAAAAAAAUCUGGAUGCCUUAAUUUAAAGAUGUCAAAAUUGAUUUGACUAUUCCAUCAAUAAACUAUGGCCCGCUGGCUACAAAAUCAGCUGAUGUAGUUGCUGGGGAUGCUGUAGAUUUUGUCUUUAUGAAUAGCGCACUGUUUUUUUUUUUUUUCCCGUUUUGUUUUUUACACUCACACAAAGUAUAUCAUUGCCAGCCUAUUUCUGAAUGUAUGGAAUGUUUGAUGCUAAUAUUAUACCCUUCCACCUUUAAAUUACACAUUACGUUUCAACCCUCAGUAUUAUUCACUGAAAAUAACUUUUUUUUUUUUUUUUACCUUUUAAUUGCCAUUGCCCCCCAUAGUGUGAUGGCAGCCAUAUUGGGCCGGUCAAAGCAUUCUUUGUGCCCACAGAGAAUAAUCAGUGUCUCCCUUUCAUGUUUACACUGUUGUAUGGGAGAGUGAAAGGGAGGACCUGGUUGCUGUGGACAAGUACAGCUCAUCCUUUAAAAUGAUAAAUUUCAAUCACUGAGCCUUAUACAUAAACAAUUAUGUUUUCUGUAGUAACAUAGACAAUUUCUAUAGACAAUUGAGGCCCUCUCUCUUCAGACAUCUUAUGUCCUCAAAACCCAGACAGUGAUUAAAUGAAGGUUUAAAGUGAGGGAACUAGCAACAGUUGCUAUAUCAUGACAGGUUCACUUUAAUGUAUUGUCAUUUAAACAUAGUUAUGUAGGCCAUAUGUAUAAAAACAUCUAUGGGUCCAUUAACACUGGUCUGUGCUCAUUAAUGUGCAUUUCUAUGGUGAAACUGCACUUUUUGUGGGUCCACAGACGUUAAAAAAUAAAAACCCACACCUUACAUUUUUUCUAUCACAAAUGUUCCCUAUUGUGGGGCACUAAGGGUCAGUUGCGUUUGGCGCGUGUAAGCUUGGGUGUGCGUACAACACAAUGUUCAUGAGCUCCCCAAAGCACACGGGACAGUGUGAAUGGGCCCUUAAUGAAGAAAUACUGCAAAUAAUCCCCGUAAUAUGUCUAAAGCCGAGAAUACAUGGAUUGAUUUUCUUUCCUGCAACCUCGGGUUGCAGAAAAGAAAAUUGCUUAAUUUCUCCAUCAUCACAGUGUUAAUGGGGGAAUCCCUCCCGUGAAGCCAUUGUGUUCACCGGGCGGGGGAAGCCAUCCCCGCCGGGAGAACACGGUAAUUACUGCUAGCGGCUAUAUUAGCCACUAGCAACAAUUGCAUGUAAAAUCUGUCUGGUUGUACGAUCGAUCAGUAUAUUCAGCCUUUCCGUGCAUGGUUCAAAUCAGAUUCAAACUAUCUGAGCGGCUUGAUGUGUGUGUUUCAAAUGAUCGUCUACUCCAUCUAGAGUUCAUAAUGCUACAUUUUGUUGAAAUACCACCAUCAGGAAAAUACGAUCAUAAGAAAUACAAAUAUUAGUACGGGGAUCAUUUGUGAUGGCCGUGCGAAUGCCGAGACAUUUGCACAGGCAUUUUUUAAAUUUGUUUUUAUACAUAGACCCCUCAAUAUUGUCAGAGCAAAGUCCAGAACUUUCCUACCUAAGGCUGUGGUUGAGUGUUUUGGCCCUUAAAGACUUUAGCAGCAUGUUAGUAGAGCUAGUGAUUCUGUAGACUAACAUCUCCCAAACCGGUAUUAGACCACAAAAUGGCUGCCUAGGCUUGCCUCACCUCGAAGGUGAAGGGGUACGCACCAAGUGCUCAGUCUUGUUUUGGCCUUGUUUAGCCUUCUCUUCUAGAUUUGUUUUUAAUCUCUGGAAAUGUGGGAAUCCUACGAUUUAAUAAGUGUAUUUUUUUUUUAAGUGUUCCUGGCACACGCACAUAAACCGUGAGCUGUCACAAGCUUCAGUCAUACUGUAGAUGUAUUUUAUUAUUUCAGGAACUGUUCUUUAGCACCUAGCUGCAAGGUAUAGAAUCCAUUUCGUACAAAACAUUUAAAGAAUGUUAAGCUGGGUAAAAAAUUGAAAUAAAUAAGGACCUUGUUGGUGCUUAUUUGAAUUAUUUUUACAUGGUCUUAUAAAAAAAAAGAAAAUAUAUAUAUAUAAAUAUAAUUUAUGUGGGCUCAUGCUGUACACCUAAGUAUCCCUCAAAGUGCAUGUUUUAUACAGAAAGCAGUAUGAUAAAAUGUUAACCAUAUUGACAAUAAAAUAUAACAUGUAGCCUUCA